AUGGGGAACCUCUUCGGGAGGAAGCGGCGGAGCCGCGUCACCGAGCAGGACAAGGCUGUGCUGCAACUGAAGCAGCAGCGGGACAAGCUGAAGCAGUAUCAGAAGCGGAUAAGCCAGAACCUGGAGCGGGAGCGAGCCCUGGCCAGGCAGCUGCUGAAGGACGGCAAAAAAGAAAAAGCCAUGCUCCUGCUAAAGAAGAAACGCUACCAAGAGCAACUUCUAGACAAAACAGAAAACCAAAUCAGCAACUUGGAGAGGAUGGUCCAGGAUAUUGAAUUCACCCAGAUCGAAAUGAAGGUCAUUGAGGGUCUGAAAAUAGGCAAUGAAUGCCUGAACAAAAUGCACCAGGUUAUGUCAAUAGAAGAAGUAGAAAGAAUAAUAGGGGAAACCCAGGAUGCUGUGGAGUACCAGAGGCAAAUAGAUGAGCUGCUGGCUGGCAGCCUGACUGAGGAAGAUGAAGAUGCCAUUCUAGAAGAAUUAAACACUAUUACUCAGGAACAGAUGGAGCUUCCAGAAGUUCCUUCAGAGCCACUUCCAGAAAAGAUCCCAGAAGCAUCACCCAUCAAGAACAGGCCAAAACCAGAGCUGGUGGCAGCAUCUUAAC